GAUCGCGCCACUGCACUCCAGCUUGGGCGACACAGCGAGACUCCAUCUCAAAAAAAAACAAAAAAAACAAAAAAAACAAACAAAAAAUGGCCCCCAAGCCUAGUGCAGAAGUGUUAUCUAGUUUUCCUAAGUGUUGUGCCUUAUGGAGAAAAUACAUGUUAGAUAAGCCUCAUUCCAGCCUGAGUUAUAGUGCUGUUGGCCAUGAGUUCACAGUUAAUGAAUUAGCAAUAUAUAUAUUAAAUGUCUUUCAGCAGAAACACACAUACAGUAAGGUUAUGUAUUGAUCAGUUAAUGAAAAUAUUGUGAAUAGAGGCUUACAGUAACCUAACCCUGUAAUUCCCUAGGAACAAUGUUUCAGUAUUGCUAAUUCAGUGUUUGCAGAAACUUUAAAGAACAUAAUUGCCAUGAAUAACAAGAAGCAACCAUGUUUCUUUUAUUUCUGUAUGAGAUAGACUAACAUAGACUAUGCUCUUAGAAGAGUAAAUAUUUUUUCAAAGAAAUAAAUAUUUUCUCCACCUAUUUUGAGUGAACAAAUAAAGCUGUAGUUUCAUCACAAAAUCCAUAUUUACACCAAAACUAGUGAUUUCAAAUACAAAAACUUAUUUUGUGUUGAAUUUUUUUUCAAUUUGAAACUUUUUGCAUAUUCAGUGAUUCCACAUUGCAGCUGAAUUUUAUUUUACCUAACAAUUCCUGCAAGUGACAGGACAGUAAUGUAUCUUUUAUAAUAUUAUGUUUCAGUUUUAAAAUCUUUAUACCAAGAUAUUAUUAAAACUUUUAAGACAAAUCUGAAAACUUUAUACUUUGAAAUUAAGUUUUAAUUGGUUCAGUCUAAACACUGUUUUCAAGAGUUUGAAAUCAUGGACGAACCCAGCAUGAAACUGCAUCAUAUUCUACAUCUCUUUUAGAGCUAGUGUUGACAGUUUAUUUUCUUUUAAUUUUUAAUUUUAAUUUUUUUUAGAGGCAAGGUCUCACUCUGUCACUCAGGCUGGAGUGCAGUGGUGUGAUCAUAGCUCACUAUAACCUCAAACUCCUGAGCUCAAGUGAUCUUCCUGCCUCAGACUCCUGAGUGGAUAGGACUACAGGCUUGCAGAUGGGUCAAGGGUUGUGGAGAGUGGUCAGAAACCAGCAGCUACAACAAGAAGGCUACAGUGAGCAAGGCUACCUCACCAGAGAGCAGAGCAGGAGAAUGGCUGCAAGCAACAUUUCUAACACCAAUCAUCGUAAACAAGUCCAAGGAGGCAUUGACAUAUAUCAUCUUUUGAAGGCAAGGAAAUCGAAAGAACAGGAAGGAUUCAUUAAUUUGGAAAUGUUGCCUCCUGAGCUAAGCUUUACCAUCUUGUCCUACCUGAAUGCAACUGACCUUUGCUUGGCUUCAUGUGUUUGGCAGGACCUUGCGAAUGAUGAACUUCUCUGGCAAGGGUUGUGCAAAUCCACUUGGGGUCACUGUUCCAUAUACAAUAAGAACCCACCUUUAGGAUUUUCUUUUAGAAAAUUGUAUAUGCAGCUGGAUGAAGGCAGCCUCACCUUUAAUGCCAACCCAGAUGAGGGAGUGAACUACUUUAUGUCCAAGGGUAUCCUGGAUGAUUCGCCAAAGGAAAUAGCAAAGUUUAUCUUCUGUACAAGAACACUAAAUUGGAAAAAACUGAGAAUCUAUCUUGAUGAAAGGAGAGAUGUCUUGGAUGACCUUGUAACAUUGCAUAAUUUUAGAAAUCAGUUCUUGCCAAAUGCACUGAGAGAAUUUUUUCGUCAUAUCCAUGCCCCUGAAGAGCGUGGAGAGUAUCUUGAAACUCUUAUAACAAAGUUCUCACAUAGAUUCUGUGCUUGCAACCCUGAUUUAAUGCGAGAACUUGGCCUUAGUCCUGAUGCUGUCUAUGUACUGUGCUACUCUUUGAUUCUACUUUCCAUUGACCUCACUAGCCCUCAUGUGAAGAAUAAAAUGUCAAAAAGAGAAUUUAUUCGAAAUACCCGUCGCGCUGCUCAAAAUAUUAGUGAAGAUUUUGUAGGGCAUCUUUAUGACAAUAUCUACCUUAUUGGCCAUGUGGCUGCAUAAAAAGCACAAUUGCUAGGACUUCAGUUUUUACUUCAGACUAAAGCUACCCAAGGACUUAGCAGAUAUGGGGGUUACAUCAGUGCUGGUCAUUGUAGCCCGAGUAUACAAUCAAGCUUCAGUGUGCAACCUUUUUUUCUUUUGCCAUUUUCUAUUUUAGUAAUUUCCUUGGGGAACUAAAUAAUUUUGCAGAAUUUUUCCUAAUUUUGUUUAUCACGUUUUGCACAAAGCAGAGCCACUGUCUAACACAGCUGUUAACGAAUGAUAAACUGACAUUAUACUCUAAAAGAUGGUGUAUUUGUGCAUUAGAUUUGCCUGAAAAACUUUAUCCAUUUCCAUUCUUUAUACAAAUACCAUGUAAUGUGUACAUAUUUAACUAAAGAGAUUUAUAGUCAUAAUUAUUUUAUUGUAAAGAUUUUAACUAAAGUUUUUCCUUUUCUCUCAAACUGAGUUCUGAAAUUUAUUUGAUUCUGAUCUGAAACUAUUGUCUUCGUAAAAGUUAGAUCUGACUUCAGACAGAAACCAAUACCAGCUUCCUUUUCCUUUAAACUUUGAAGAGUGUUGAUUUGUUACUAUAUUACUAUGCAAAACUGGCAGUUAUUUUUAUAAUAUAAAUUUAUAAUUUGAUUUUUUAUUUUAAAAACUGGGUUAAUCAAGUCUCGGUAAGUCCUUUAAACCAUUUAGGAUUUUUAAAACAUCAAAAUUUAUGAUUUACAUUCAUAGGAAUAAAAUAAAAUAUUAUUAGAACUCUGGUAAA